AUGUCCAUCGACUAUGCCUCGACAUCUGGUCGAUCGAUGUCCGCAGAAGCUAGCAGCUCAGAGGGAAGCCCACGAGUUGCGCGAGCGUCCCUAUCAGAACGCUUGGGUGCUGCUUCGUCAAGGGACAAAAAGGCAUCAAGUCGAGCAGCUUCGAACGCCGCUCGAAUCAAGUCGUUCGUAGAGCUUCUGGACCCUUCAGAUUUGCUGCCAGGCCACGCAGUGGCAGACUCGUACAGCCUGCGACACUUGUGCCUGCAACCGGGGGGUAUACCUACAUCUUCUACUCACAGAUCAAGCUCUUCGCGGCGCUUUGGACAGUCCGCCUCGCCUCAGUCAGCCGGACUAGGUUGGCUACGCUCUUGCGCGUGGAGUGUUCUCUUGGGGCUGCUGCCGCCCGAAAAGUCGCAAUGGAGGUCGACGUUGAAUCAACGCCGGUCUGAGUACUAUGUGAGUGUGCAUGGCUAGAGUUCGCGCCGCCGUCUGAGCGCUGAAGGAAUAUCCAUCUUUCAAUGCUCCGCAUUGCGUCAUAAAGUCGUUCGUGUCGACCCUAGCGUGUCCAGAGGCUUCCCCGGGCUCGGGGCCUUCACCUCACCGCGACGCGCUGUUGGAUCAGAUCUACCGGGAUCUCUCUCGCUCCCGCCGCAACGUAUUCGCGUUUUAUCACGCACCAGUCGCUGCUUCGCGCGGCUGUCCACUUGCCCCGCUUCCAUCAGAGGAGUUGAAUAAGCACACCGAGCCACGCGCAAGACGUAAGAGAGCCACUCCUAGAGUCGAAAAUAGACACGCCCUCCUCUUCAGACUGGCUCACAUCAAUUCAGACUUUGCCGAUUAUUUGCACGAGGAGAGGGAUGAGAGGACACCAGCGAACUCGCUUCUCGCGGCGCCGCGGAGCAGUGAUCGACACAAACAAGGCAGCUUGACAGCGUCUGCAUCGCUUGACGCGGACGGCUUGGCACCGGACUCGACGGCAAAUAGAAGCCCGCCGAUUGUACUACUACCCCCGUCUCCUGAAACCCGGCGCGGUCAUACGCCUGAAGCCGACAGCAGUGACGCGUUGCUCCCAAGCGAUAUUGCUCAGGACUUUGCAAAGCAAGACGACCAGCAUUCUGCCGGUGCAAGUCCGCAGCAGCUUACGGAUGAGUCCGUUCGCUCUCUUCAGGACCGGCGCUGGCAUUCCUUACUCCGCAUUCUCUUUGUCUAUGCGCUUCUGAACCCAUCCACAGGCUACGUGCAAGGAAUGGGCGAGAUUGCCUUUGUGCUGGCAUACGUCAUGGGAACAUCCGAAGCAUGGCCCUUUUCGCCCUCGCAUAAUGAAGACGAGGCGGAGAACGGUGAAGCAGAGGACGUUGAUGAAGCCUACGUGGACCGUGAUGACGAUCCGCCAGGCGCGCACGCAGAGGCAGAUGCCUUUUGGCUAUUCUCCAGGCUUGUGGGAGAGCUGCGCGAGCUUUACGAGUUCGACGGCAUCGAUCACCACGCAGCAAGCCUGCAUGUCAGAAAUGGCUCGGGGCGAGCACUUCCGUCUUUGCCAAAGCAGGAGUCGCAGCAAGGCGGCAUGGCUAAGGCCCUAGAACGCACAAGCGUGCGCCUCCGUUGGCUCGAUGACGGUCUUUGGGCGGCUUUAGUGAGUCAAUGCAUGUAUGGCACGCUGCUUCAACCAACGCAGGGCUGAAAUUUGCCCUUUCGUUUCAAGGCACAGCAAGGCCUGGAUCCGCAGCUGCCGUACUACUCGUUCCGCUGGCUAGCGUGUCUGUUGAGCACUGAGCUGGCCUUGCCAUCAGUGCUGCAGCUCUGGGAUCUCAUUCUGGCAGAAUCAGGAAGCGCCACGCAAGAUUCGCACGCAUUAGGGCCAAAGGUCGAGAUACUCAUCGACAUGUGCUGCGCGCUGCUCAUCAGCCUGCGGGGACCACUCCUCGGCGCCGCUGAGCCGCAUGAGGGGGACGGGGACGAGUCAGACGCUUUCAGUCGAUGCAUGAGUAUAUUGCAGGAUUUGGAACACGUCGACAUUGGACCCGUCGCCGAGCUCGCAUGCGUGUUCAGGCAGCGCAGACUUGCGGCGCCUCUGACUGGGGAUGCGCCUCCCGAGUGUCAUCAAGAAGCAACGCUUCCUUCGACUCCGGCAUCGGUGCGAGACAGAGCAACACAGGCUCUGCGAGGUUGGACUGGUCCCGGCGGGCCGAAGUGGCUCUCGUCAGCAACUGCGCGCUCCGUUUCCGGCGGGUCGACCUUCUCAACACCUAAUCGAGCCGACGAGACAUCAGUUGAAGCAUCCUCGACGAACAGUCCCAGGGCUACAUUUGCAAAGUACGCAGAAGCAUUUCAAAGUAGCGAUGCUGCUGCGAACCUUUCGAAAGCCAGCACGAACUGGACCGCAAGAGCUAUGGCGUCCUGGGGUGCAAAUGGCUCACAGAGUCGCAGCCGCGAAUCUUCGCCGCUGUUACCAACGGAUGGAUCUCCCCGUCCAGGUUCGGCAGCCAAGUUAACGCUCGCGGGCCUGUUCAGUCGUCAGCGUUCCGAUAGCAGCGGCACUGCUGCAUCUGGACCUUCCGAUUCAACCCACCCGGCGCUGCGGUGGUCGCGAGAGAUGCCAAAUCUACCGCUGCCAAAUGUGCUGGACAGUCCGCCGGAAAGGCAGGAGUACGGGUGGGCUUCUCGCCCUCAGCUGCCAGCGUCUUUGGCGAGCCCAAAUCUGAACGAAAGCCCAAAUACGGCCCCCACUGCGGGACGCUUCUCGCCCAUAAGUACCCAGUCGCCCGGCAGCGUGCGAGGAGGCAGCUCGGUACGAGGGGCUGGGCCCAAGCCUCUACUACUCACUGGCUCUGCCAGACCUCCGCGGGAGAGCAGCGGCUCCCACCACGAACAUUUUGCAGAGCCUAGCCGCAAGAUUUCUAGCGGUCCCAUGGCCGCCAGGAAUGGCUCUGAGCGUGGCAGUGUGCGUGGCUUGCCCGCAGGCAGCAGGCGCGACAGUAGCAUUGCGAGCUCCAUUGCAGGAAGCUCUGGGUGGAGCUCACGCCCACAGUCCGAAUUUGGUGAUCCGCCCCAAUCUGGCCAUAGUUCGGCCACCCCUGGGACUGGCAACACCCCGACUUUGCCAAGUAUGGCGGCAGCCACGCGUCUAGCAGACAAGCUGCCGCCCAUCGGCACCACACCUGGCCCGGCCCUUGGCCUUGCCGGAUCGGCGAACGGCAAGCUGACGGCGGCCGCUUUCAACAGGGCUAGACGAGGCUCGACGGGAGAUGGCAGCGAUCGGACGAGCGCGUAUAGUGCUGAAGGUACGGCUGUCGGGACGGAUGACCUUCCGCCUGCAUCCUCUACUGGAUUCAUCGCCGAAGAGCAUCAUGUAAGCCCGGCGCCUAUUGCAAGCAGCUCAGAGACACCACUGGUCGCAGCAUCGUCUCUCAUGAGGCCACGCGGAACUGGCGGUGCGAAGGCGAAGGGCAGCAAUGGGUCCGUCUCUUCCUUCGGGCCCAGUCAUGUGUCAAGCGACAGCAUGGAGCAAUUCAGUAGACGCGAGUCAAAUCGGAGCAGCACGUCUACGACGAGCCCACAGCGCCGCUCGCUAGCCUUAACGGAGUCCGAAGCAUCUCGCCCAGAUUCUCAAGGCGCAUUGUCAAAGGCUUCCUCGGACUCUUCGUCGCACGACUCUCUGGCACAGCGACGCGGCAGCGCGAUUAGCGCCGACCGCGUCACCAGCAGGCAAAACAGCGAGUCUUUGCUCGAAGAGCAAUCGUUCGAAGACCAAGAAUUGGAACAGGAUCGUAUCGGAUUGCAGAGGUUCGAGCUGACGGAUGAGCCAAUACGCUUGCCCGAGCUGCAACGCGAGGGUAGCGAACGUAGCAUCAAUCGCUCGAACGGUAUCCAAAGAUCCACUGUUCGAUCAAAGCGAGCUUACUCGACUGUGAAGAAGCGCCAGAGCGGAGCAGACGAUGCAGAAGCCGGAUGGAACGGCGAGUCCCGCAAGCCUACUGCAGGACUCAGGCGCAGCUCGGCAGCUCGUUCUUCCAAGCUCCAAAUUGCGCCUGCUGAGGAUGAUACCGUGAUAAGAGCGCCUUCUCCAGGUCCGAGCGCCGGUCAAACGAUGGACAUUGACGAGCUCGUGAUGGAGCUCUCGGGAGAGAAUGAUGCCACACUUCGAGGAGACGAAUGGUCGGUGCGCGAGGGUCGAGAGCCGAGCCGAGCACCGGGAUUACAGACGGACGGCACAAGGGGCAUAGGAAUCGACAUGGGAGAAAGCAUCGGCCACGAUUUGGCGACUCCCCGCUUUGACGCCUUGCGACGACUUGCUCCCGACGAUAUGCCGCAAGACGAGUACGACGAAGAUUGGGAGACUUAUGACGCUGCGGGAGCCGGGUUUGAAAGCGCGGGCGCUGCCCAGGGUGAUUUGAUGGCAUCGAUUGGAAACGCCAUGCUAGCCCCUGCUGCCACCUCUCAAGCGAUCUAA